CAAAAACAAAAACAAAAAAAAAUUCUUUUCUAUCCAAAUCGCUAUCUAAACAGGUUGUUUGAAUUUUCAGUACCAUCUGUCUCUCGGGAAAUUUUCUCUCUCUCUCUCAAUUAACAGUUGCAGAAAUCUGGAAUUGAAGAAGAAGAAGAAGAAGAUGAUGCACAUGACGAUGUACUGGGGCACAGACCUAACCCUCUUGUUCGACUGGUGGAUUACCGAUUCAUGGCUCUCUUACGCCCUAACUCUCCUCGCCCUCUUCCUCGUCUCCUUCUUCUACCAAUUCAUGGAAGAUCUUCGCCUCCGAUUCAAAUCCCCUUCCUCCUCCUCUUCCUCCGCCGCCUCAGUUCGACCGCCGAUCGAGACCCCCCUCCUCUCCAAACUCUGCCGCAACCACAGCCCUAAGAGGCUGGCCACGGCGGCUCUGUUCGGGCUCAAUUCGGCGAUCGGGUAUCUUCUAAUGCUUUCGAUCAUGUCGUUCAAUGGAGGUGUGCUUUGCGCUGUGGUUUUGGGUUUGUCUGUUGGCUAUUACUUUUUUAGGACUGGGGCUGAUGAGGAAGAUGAGUCGCCUGCCAUUCUUGACAACUCUUGUGCUUGUUCUUGACCUCUCUGUGUGUGUGUGUGUGUGCUGUGUAAGUGUAUUUUGAUCUUAAGAUUGUGUGAAUUUUGUGUUAUUGGUAUAGUUGUGAAAUCAAAGAUGUGUUUUUUGUUUUUCUAUUAAAUAAUCUUGGAAUUGAGGUGUUGGAUGUGCAGAGUCGAUCAAAGAAGCUA